GUAGAUUAUAAGCAAAGGGGUUUCACAAGCCUUAUAGUGAUUUUUUGUCUAUCAAAUUUUCUGCUGGUACGGCGUUUGUUGAAAGUACUAAAACUAAACACAGACCACAGACAGUACAGACACAGUUCACAGAGGCGGAAAUCGUGGACGGAAACAAAGGAGUGGCUUGUCAAUAUGUAUUCUCUUUCUCCAAUCGUACUGUAAAGCACAAAAAAUCUAUACUAUCAAGUGUUGGAAACAAAUAUUAUACGCUCAUUAUGCGUAGACUUUUUUGGAACUUACUAGAUUAUAAUUUUACUUCUUGCGAUCUAUGCAUCUAGUGAUCCACCUCCACCACGAAUGGAAAGCGUGAAACGUGCGUUCCUGUUCCUAGGCAAACGUCACAUUUGACAAUUUUGAAAGGUCAUCUAACCACACUUUUUUGUUUUCGUUUUCACCGGUGUCUUCGACACUUAUAUAUGUGAUCUUUUACUCCUACGAUAUUUAUUGUACUGGUUUCUUACACUAAAUUGAUGAAAUAAUAGCUACAUGUAAAAAUAAAUGGACGACAUGGAACAUAUAGUUGAUCCACACUUCAAAGAAGACCCUCUUUAUAUGAAAAGUCUGAUUGGCAAGGAGAUAGAAGUAAAAACAGUGAACAAGAAAGCUUAUAAAGGUUUCGUAUACGUGAUAGACCCAAUUUUUAAAACUGUAGUACUACACUGUAAUAGAAAAUCUGAGAGUGAAUAUGACACAGUCAUUAUAAUGCAUCAUGCCAUUGAAACACUAUGUGUGUUAUCUGAUGAAGUGAACCAGUGGUAUUUACAGACCACUAAAGAAACAGUGAAUAGUAAUAUAACUAGGAAGGAUUCUGUGAAAAAAUGGUUACAGCAUAUGCAGAUAAAUGUAGCAGAAAGUGGGGAUAUCCUGAAAGUUGAUGACCAUCUUAUAAUUCUACCACCAUAUGAACUUGAGAACUGUGUAUCCAAUAACACAAUUAUAUUAGAAAGAGUCAGAAACAUACUCGACCAAAUGCCACCUGAUUCCACGUGAAACAAUGUUUGUUAUUCAUUAAAGUUUAUUUUUCAAGAA